AUGUCUUUUCUGGUUAAAUCAUGGUUGUGGAAAAUCAUCCUUGAGGUGGUCUUCACUUGUGGCCUCGUCUAUUUGUUUAUGUCUGGAUUAAAGGUUCGAGGCAGACAUUUCCCUAACAAUGUGUUCAAACCUCAACUCACGGAUAGUGACCUUGAUAAAUUACUAAGAACUCUUGAAAAGUUCGACAAAUUAAUGACGGAGAAUAACAUCACGUACAUAUUGGAAGGCGGUACGCUGCUGGGGUCUUAUCGACACCACGGUCCUAUUCCCUGGGAUGACGAUGUCGACGUCAUGGUGAAUGCCUCUGAUAGAGGACGCUUGGCUGAACUUUUACCCAAGAUGAAACCUGACUUUGAAUUUUUUACACCAGUUAACUAUGCCUGGAAAUUUUAUGACGCAAAAUCUAAACAUCUUCCUUAUAAACCGUUUCGCUGGCCAUACGUUGACAUCUUUUUCUGGAGUAACAACGAAACUCACAUGUAUCACGAAAUUCACGUGCGACGUCCCCAAUUUACGGCACCAACGUACAAAAUUUUACCACCUGUUCGACGGAAAUUUGCACACCUGUCUCUACCUGUGCCCUGUAACUUAGAUAUUGGAUUACGUUCCGUUGAUUUGGCGAUCUGUGAAUCGCCGAGAUAUUCCCACAAGACGGAAAAGUAUAUACCGUUACAAAAGUUUGCUAGUGUUCCGUGCUCGGAGCUUGAACAAAGGUUUGGGUUUGUGAAGCAUGUUCGGACGACGGACGGACGAUGGAACGAGAGCAUGGUCUACCAGGGGGUUGUACUGUACUCGGUCAUCACUCCACGUUAUUGCUGA